AUGGAACCAUUAAAAAUAUAUUUGAGAAUUAAAAGAGAAAAUAGAGUAUUCUUUUUCGAGUGCUCACUACUUGAUCCAGUGGAAAUAUUGAAAAGGAAAUUGCUACCUUACUACAAAUAGGAAAUCCAGGAUAUGAGAAUCUAUUUAGGAGAUAGAGUAAGAGAGUAGAUACAUCUAAAACUAGCUAUUAGAUGACAAAGCCAAUCUGUAAGACUAAGCUGUUCCAAACGAUAGUUGCUUAAUCUUAAAGCUAAGGAAGGGGAUGUCUGGCGAAUGGGAUGAAUGA